UUCGAAAGAAUGUCAUCAUCUGAUUGCAUCAUACAAGCAGGUCCAAGCAGGCCGCCAAGUGCGUUUGUGUUGCGGUGCACAUGCCCUUGUCGCACGACAAUGAUCAGAAAGUCCAUCAUCUAACCUCGUGGCACGACCCAAUUCCGAAGCGCCGCAGUGCGUACGUAGUACACGACCGCAAUCUUUCGUUCCGCGGCAUUUCGUCAUGACCACCACCCCACCGAUGAAUACAGCAUUGUCGUCUCGGUCUCCCGAAACGAGCCAUGUUGAGACGGUGAUUGAGGGAAUGGAGCCCGAAGGGUGGGUCGACUUUUCGGCCGAUGCUGACCACGAUCAAAGUCGCAGGUGCAGUCCUCCGCCACGCCACACCACACUAUCAGCGGUUGCCGAUGACCGUAGGGAAGCUCUCUCCGUCAACCACGCAUGGGACAGCAUCCGCGGUGUCGAUGCCGCUAAAACAGUGCUGCUCGAAGCGAUCAUCCUGCCGCUCAAGUUCCCCGCGCUCUUCGCCAACAGCCGGAGGCGAUGCUCCAGCGUGCUGCUUUAUGGCCCCUCGGGUGCUGGGAAGUCUGCGCUCGCCCUGGCUGCUGCCGAUAAGGCAGGAGUACCCCUCGUCUGUGCUGGCCCCGCGGAUUUGGCUUCACCCGAUGCCAUCCAAAAGAUGUUUCUCCAUGCACGGGAGCGCAAGCCGGCCGUUCUCCUCCUCAACGAUGUGGAUCAGAUCUGGUCUGGGCUUGCAGAGGGGGGGAACCGGAGCCACGAGAGCUUGCUUCAAUUGCGUACCGAGCUGCUCGUCCAGAUGGAUAGCUUUUCAGCUAGGAAUGUCGGACUUUACGUCGUGGGUUUGACAACGCUGCCAUGGAAUCUGGAAGGACCCAUCCGCAAGCGGUGCGCAGAUGACCGUCUUGCCAUACAACGUUGUCAUCUCAUCUGUGUCUCGAGAUUUCAUCAUCGUCUGUAUAUUCCACGUCCGGAUCAAGUCGCAAAAGAAUGCUUUCAUGAGCGACUGCCAUUGGAAAGUGUGCAUAGCUCGGAGGGGUCAGGGGUCUCGCCAGCGCUGACGGAAGCGUUCUCAUCGCAUGAACAGCUGAAACGCAGCGUUCAGGAAGCUAAAAGCACGAUCGAUCAGGAAUCCCUAUCGACAGAGAACCGACUCCUGAACGAGAUGCGAUUGAGUUCAGGAGUUUUGAGCGAGCAGGAUCGUUCCAAGUACGAGACAUGGACAACGGACUUCGGUAUUCACGGAGGCGGAUGAUAGGUAUCAUGCCCUCCAAGGGCUGCUUUUCGUUACUGGUUCCUUGACUUCUUUCGGUCUUUGUCUUCCUUUGUCCCGCCGUACUUACUACUCAUGACACUUUCCUCCUGCGGCCCACUUCUCACUGUAUAUUCUGCGUCUUCGUGCAUCAAUGCUGUGUUCCCUUGUUCAAUUACCUGCUCUCCUAGAGAAUAUUGUGCAUCAACACUCGAACACAUUGCCCUUUCAUGGU